CUCGGAUGUCAUCUUCUCUUUUUAACUGCUGUCCCCAUUCCCCCGUCUCCUUCUUCCUCGUCCCACGUCAUCUCCCCUCCUCUCUUCUACUCCUAUCUUUUGUACCCUUCCUCAUUUUUUAUUUUUUUUAUUUUUUUCAACAGGGCAUUAGUGGACUGGAUCCUUCGGUGAUCAAGACGUGUCGCGAGAUGGGUGCAUCUACGCCUUUUUCUAUUGCGGCAAUGUGCAGGAGGAAUGAUCUCCGGCACAUGGGCUUUGCAUUUGCAGAACUGAUUUUUUCAUCUUUGUCAGAGGAAGGACCUACGGAACGGACGAGUCAGUGGACAAUGCAGAGAAUUUGGGAAGGCGUGUUCGAUCUGGAUGUCAAUGCUCUUCGGACAUAUUGCGGAGAAGACAAGGAAUGGAUGGACGUCGUAAGUUUCCUGGACGAGAACGAUGGAGCGGGUUGGGAGCUGCUCACCUCCAUGAUCCGCUGGGAUGGCCACGAGGCAGACAGGUUGUUUAGGUCUCGUUUCUUUGCGUCAUGACAGAUUCUGGUCCCGUUUCAGUCAUGACGGAUUCUCCUCCUCUCAUGCUUUGCUCGGCAAUGUACCUCCAUACCUUCCUGCCUCUCUGCCUUCCUCACAUGGGCCAUACUCGCACUACGACUAUCCUGAGUGCAUCCAACCGCAUUUAUGGUUGGAUUCAGUACGGAAAGUUUUAAGUGGUAAGUAUGUACUUCGUCAUCUUAUCUUCUUCAUUUAGUCUAAACUUAUGUUUGUCAAAGAAUUCGAUUCUGUCCAUGUGCCCAUCAUUAUCUAUCGUCUGUGGAUUCUUCUCUCUCUCUCUCUCUCUCUCUCUCUCUCUCUCUCUCUCUCUCUCUCUCUCUCUCUCUCUCUCUCUCUCUCUCUCUCUCUGUGUGUGUGUGUGUGUGUGUGUGUGUUGAACUACUCUUGCAGUCUUUGUGUCAGAAGCAGCAACGUUUUCACAUGUCCAGGUUUUUCUUGUCCAUUUCCACAUAGAUGAAGUUUGGGUGACUCAGAGUAUAUGCACUAUCAGUGAAUCUUAGUAUUAGAGUGGUUCCUUCUUUGGCUGUCCCAUUCCCCUGUCCUCUUUCCGUCCUCCAUUGUGUAAGUGGUAUUGACUUAUUCAGCUCGCCUUCUUUGGGUCUCCAUGCCCGCACCGACUUUGGCAGCGGCAGAAAGAGACAGCUAGACGAGAAGGCAACCACUGACCUCUUAUGAGAAGUUGUCAUAGCCUAUCUUCAUGUUACCUUACCAAUAAAGACACGGAGCUGUUUUGUGUGCGUGUGUGUGUGUGUGUGUGUGUGUGUGUGUGUGUGUGUGUGUGUGUGUGUGUGUGUGUGUGCCCCCCCGUAAUACAGUUCCAGGCACUGUGAAUAAACAGGCACUGACUGU